AUGUUCCUCAGUUGCAUUUGGUUUCUUGAGUUGCUUCUUCUUUCUCUUCUCUUUAACGUUAAUUCGGCACAAACCAUCGUGAAGAGUUUACCAGGUUACCCCGGAGAACUACCAUUCAAGCUUGAGACUGGAUAUGUGAGCGUGGGCAAAAAUGAUACCGUGCAGCUAUUCUACUACUUCAUUGAGUCUGAGAGAGAUGCCGUCAGGGAUCCUCUUGUGCUUUGGCUCACUGGUGGCAUUGGCUGCUCUGCUUUCUCUGGUCUUGUUUAUGAAAUAGGUCCUUUGAAUUUUGAUGCCGAAUCUUACAAUGGAAGCUUACCUUCAUUUAUUCUGAAUCCAUAUUCGUGGACAAAGAUAGCCAACAUUAUCCUUUUAGACUUGCCUGUUGGCACCGGAUUCUCCUAUGCAACUACUUCUCAAGGUUACCUCUCCUCAGACACUAAAUCAGCAAAUGACGCUUACAUGUUUCUGCAAAAGUGGCUGUUAAAUCAUCCCAAAUUUAUCAACAAUCGCCUUUACAUUGCCGGUGACUCCUAUGGAGGGAAAAUUGCUCCCAUGGUCGUUUUAGAAAUAACAAAAGGUAAUGAGGCUGGAUUGACGCCGCAUAUGUCAAUCGAGGGAUACUUGAUUGGCAACCCUGCAAUGAAUGUUCCGAAGGAUAUGAAUUGGAGAGUCCCAUAUGCUCAUCUUCUGGCGCUCAUAUCAGAUGAGUAUUAUGAGCGGGCAAAAAGUAGCUGUGAUGGGGAAUACAUGAAUCCAAACCCGAACAAUACAGAAUGCCAGUUUGCUCUUCAGCUUAUUAAACAGUUUACUGAUUAUGUGCUGUCCUGUGUAUGGAUGAACAACCCAAGUGUCCGAGAAGCUCUUCAAAUUCGAAAAGGCACAAAGGAAAAAUGGAAAAGGUGCAAUGGGAGCUUACCAAUAUCAUAUGACCAAGAUGUGACAAGUGUGUUUGACCAUCAUCAGGUUCUUAGCACAAAAGGAUAUCAAGCUCUAGUGUACAGUGGUGAUCAUGAUAUGAUGAUUCCCUACAUUGGCACACUCCAAUGGAUACGUGAUCUGAAUCUUACUCUUGAGGAGGAUUGGCGACCUUGGUUUCUCAAUGGUCAAAUUGCAGGGUACACAUUGAAGUACCAGUUCCAGGAAGAUCAGUGCUAUCUCACGUUUGCAACUGUCAAGGGUGGAGGUCACACUGCUCCCGAAUACAAGCCAAAAGAAUGUUUUGCCAUGAUCGACCGAUGGUUCUCUUAUUAUCCUUUGUAGAUCAAGAAAGAAAGGCUUC